CACGGAUGUCACGACCGGUUGUUAAGCAUGUUUGAAAGGUCGUCAACUUUUGCUCAGACAAUACAUCCAUGUCCGACUGCUGCGAUAUCAUCCUCAGCCUUGUAGCCUGUUGUUGUGUCUGCGGCAAUAUCUGCGCCAGCGACCCUGCUGUAUGCUCCUAUUGUUGUUGUAAGGAGAAGCAGGACAAAGAUCUCGAAAUGGUAUUCCCUGAGGUUGUGCAAAGUCAGCCUCGGAGAAAGGACCCCAUGAUUGCUAAUGAUGCAAGCCCGGAGGUCGCAGCAGAUCAGUGGAGAGGGUCAAGAUAACAUGAGACAACAUGCUGCAUAGACGCUCAAUGGACAUAUUGGUUUUGUCGUUCACUGUCUAUAAGACCAUAGAUUGGAGAGGGCAGUCGCGGUAUGGUUGACGAAAGGGUAGAGCUAAUGAAAGGACAAUUUAAAUACAUACGUAUCAGUGGACGGACGCAAGAAUGAUUCAUACACCCUCUACGAGUUCAACUGCUGACCCCGUUCUUGGCAAGAUAUCUUGCGUUCACAGCAACGAAAUGGUAUGCGACUACGGUGAUCAUAGCAAGGACACCAAGAUAAUUCGCCAUGUUGUACAGCGUCUGGUGGCUAAUCAUUUUGGAAGCAAAGGAGUGGGCGUGACUUUGAGCUUGGUAGUCGUUGUUGGUCAAAACACUUCAAAAU